CUGACUAGAGGGACGCAGGGUGGGAGGGAGAGAGAGAGAAAGCAAAGCAAAAAAUAUAUAUAUAAAUAUAAAGCCUUGCCCUCCUCGCUGCAAAUCGCAAAUGAAUUGUCUGAGGCCGGGAUCGGGUGGAAGCGUUGCAGAGAUCAGGACUUUUGGCUGUUAUCGUGCAGUGCUCUGUGCUUGAGGAACCCGGGGCACAUCUUGCUAUGGCGCAAGGAAAUAAUUAUGGGCAGAACGCUAGUAACAACGGGACGGCGGAUGAAUCGCCCAACAUGCUGGUGUAUAGAAAGAUGGAAGAUGUCAUCGCACGAAUGCAAGAAGAGAAAAAUGGCAUUCCAAUCCGGACAGUCAAAAGUUUUUUGUCGAAGAUUCCCAGUGUAUUUUCUGGUGCAGAUAUUGUGCAAUGGCUAUUGAAGAAUCUGAACAUUGAAGACCAAGUGGAAGCCCUGCACCUUGGAACAUUAAUGGCAGCUCAUGGCUACUUCUUCCCAAUCUCAGACCAUGUACUGAUGUUGAAAGAUGAUGGGGCCUUCUACAGAUUUCAGACACCGUACUUUUGGCCAUCCAAUUGUUGGGAGCCAGAAAACACUGACUAUGCGGUUUAUCUCUGCAAGCGAACAAUGCAAAAUAAAGCCCGGUUAGAGCUGGCGGACUAUGAAGCUGAGAGCCUGGCCCGUCUACAGAGAGCAUUUGCUCGAAAAUGGGAAUUUAUCUUCAUGCAAGCGGAAGCCCAAGCAAAAGUUGAUAAGAAAAGAGAUAAAAUUGAAAGAAAAAUUCUUGACAGUCAAGAAAGAGCAUUCUGGGAUGUACACAGACCUGUGCCAGGAUGUGUAAAUACUACAGAAGUCGACAUCAAGAAAUCAUCGCGAAUGAGAAAUCCUCACAAAACAAGAAAGUCUGUCUAUGGGCUACAAAAUGAUGUCCGAGGUCACAGUCCCACCCACACACCUGCUCCAGAAGCAAAGCAACCAACAGUAGAAGAAUUACAUCAACAGAUAAAAUUCUGGCAAAUGCAACUGGAUAGGCAUCGGUUAAAAAUGUCCAAAGUUGCAGAGAGCCUGAUAGGGUACACAGAACAAUACAUGGAAUUUGAUCCAUUCCUCAUAAAUCCUGAACCUUCAAACCCAUGGACGUCUGAUGAUAUUUCCUUCUGGGAACUGGAAGCAAGCAAGGAACCAUAUGGACUGAGGGUAAAGCGAUGGGGUUUCUGCAUUGAUGAAGUUUUAAAAGAUCCUGUUGGCCGUGAACAGUUCCUUAAGUUUGUGGAAUCUGAAUUCAGCUCUGAAAACCUUCGGUUUUGGUUAGCGGUCCUGGACUUGAAGAAAAGGCCCAUCCGUGAGGUGCCAUCACGCGUUCAAGAAAUCUGGCAAGAGUUUUUAGCCCCGGGAGCCCCGAGUGCUAUAAACGUAGACUCCAAGAGCUACGAUAAGACCACACAGAAUGUGAAAGACCCGGGAAGAUAUGCAUUUGAAGAUGCCCAGGAGCACAUUUACAAACUGAUGAAAAGUGAUUCCUACCCACGUUUCAUACGUUCCAGUGCCUAUCAGGAGCUGCUCCAGGCUAAAAAAAAGGUAAAGUCACUUACUUCAAAGCGGUUGACAAGCCUGGUGCAGUCUUAUUGAUGCAUUCACUCGCACUUCAGCUGAGGAACGGACCUGAUCAGUUGUUCAAAGUUAUAAUUCACUGUGUAUCCUGAACCAAGAAGACAUUGUACCAUUCUUUGCAUGAAUGAGGAACUGACUUUUUGUUUCCUCCAUGUGUGCACAAAGACAUUGCAGUCAUGUAUUGAGAGGGUGGGUAGAAGGGGCGAUUGUUCCCCCAAAUCUUUUUUUGUUUCCUUCAUACAGUGCCAUAUCAACCAGGCUGUGUGCUGUGUCUCCAUUGAUAACAAGUUAAGGUUUACCAUAAUAUUAAAACUCCCAUUUUGAAAAUGAAUCAUACACCAGAUUAGAUCUGAAAAUUAUUAAAUGAUUAUGAUUCAUACACUGAAAUAUUAGAAAAAAUUAUUAAGUACAUAGUACAUAUGAUAUUGUCCAAAUGUUUAUAUUGCUUUCACAAAAGACAAUGAGCAGAGAAAGAUACAAGGGCUUGUUAGAGUAUCCUUGAUGGGAGUCAUCUGUGCUAAUAUUUUUAUGUUUUUCUGUCUUAUUUUUAUACAAUACAAUGAAUUCACUAUUUAUUCCAGAUUUAUUAUAGUUUGUCUUUUACUCUUUAUUUUUUCACAUUCAUUUAUUUUCACAUGGUUUUUAUUUAUUUUGGGUUUUUCACUAUUUCUUUUGAUACUGUUUCACAAGAUGAGAACCAUUGUGUUAAUUAAAUCAGUGAGUUUCAGUUCUUAAAGGUCAAAGCAUUUAUAUGAUAUCACAAAUGACUAGCCAAUCUUGCUUGAAAAAUAUUAUUUAAAAAUACACAGCACCAUAGAGAUAUUUUGUAAAUUUCAGGUUUAUUUCUUAAUAACUAGUCGUCAA